GCAUCCUAGAUAUUGAGUUUAAUUAAUUGUAAUAUCGUUGUUAACUCUUUUCUCAUUUUCUUCAAUUAAUAAACGAGACGACACCUUCCAAAUUAUCACUUUCCCCAAAAAAACCUCCAAAAAUUCUCUGCUUUCUCUUGAAUCUUACUUACGUGCUGCGUUGUGGAAGGAUGAUAAAGAGACAAUGACUCACAUGCACUUCUUUAUUCCUCCAUUGACGAACCUUCACUUCAAAUGAAGAGGAGAAAAUCUGUUGCUACCAAGGAAGAUGAUGAUGACGACGUCAUUGAUGACGAAACAACGACAAAAGUUACACCGACAUUGUUGUUUCUUCAAACAACAUUUGAAGCUUUCAAUUUCACUCACGAUUUUACUCUGCUUCCUCGGAUUCUGGAUAUUCCAAUCGCAAUUACUACUACUUUCUUCUUCUUCUAGUAAUUCUACUACUACGAUGAAUUCCUCGAAAACUACGCGCUUUUCUCGGCGCGUGAGUCCUACCUCCUUUGUCGAUCCCCCGAAAAUCGCGUUUUUGUAUCUCACGCGCCGUCAUCUCCCUCUGGACUUUCUCUGGGGUAGCUUCUUCGAGGGAGCUGAUGCAUCGAGUUACUCAAUUUACAUUCACUCCGAGCCGGGUUUUGUGUUUGAUGAAUCAACUACGCGUUCACCUAUAUUUUUUGGUCGGCAGUUGAGCAAUAGUAUUGAGGUAGCAUGGGGCCAAUCGAGUAUGAUUGAAGCAGAGAGGUUAUUGCUUGAUGCAGCACUCGAUGACCCUGCCAAUCAGAGAUUUGUUCUUCUUUCAGAUAGCUGCGUUCCUCUGUAUAAUUUUAGCUACAUAUACCACUAUGUUAUGGAAUCUCCUAGAAGUUUUGUGGACAGCUUUCUUGAUAAAAAGGACGAACGCUAUAACCCGAAGAUGUCACCUGCUAUAAAGGAGGACAAAUGGCGAAAAGGAUCACAGUGGUUCACUCUGAUCAGGAAACAUGCUGAAGUGGUGGUUGAUGAUGAGCUUGUUUUUUCUGUCUUCAGAAAGUAUUGCAAGCGACGUCCACCUGUUGAUGAUGCAAAGGGAAAGCUGAAUCUGGCUUCAAUUAUAUCCGCGAUUCCGCGUGUAGAGAGUCCAUUUUCGAUGGUUUGCAUCUCGGAACAGCUAGGUGGGGUCAUUCACCCAUUCUAUAAUAUGACGUUGGAAAUUUUGAAUAAGCUGCAAAAGCCAUGGAAGCCUAUGAAACUUCAGAAACAGCACAAUUGCAUUCCUGAUGAGCAUUAUCUGCAGACAUUACUUACUAUGAUGGGGCUUGAGAAUGAACUCGAACGUCGGACAUUGACCUAUACGUUAUGGAAUGAAUCUGCAUCUAGAAUGGAAGGGACAGGCUGGCAUCCUGUUACCUUCAGUUAUUCAGCUGCAACUCCCCAACGCAUUCAAGAAUUAAAGGAUAUCAGCCAUGUAUAUUACGCAUCAGAGUACAGAACAGAGUGGUGCCGAACUAAUUCCACUGCUGUUCCAUGUUUUCUAUUUGCAAGGAAAUUUUCGCAGGGAGCUGCUAUGCGGCUUUUGAGUGAGAGGUGGAUAUGAUAAUUCUCCUUUGUUGCUCAAUACAGUCUGUUGACUAUCUCGACAGGGUCUCAUGCCGCUCUGCAAGAUAUAUGUAGAUUAUCAGUGUAACAAUGUCUAACCCUUGGGACAUGCUUGGAUUGAGAUUAAUGUAUUAAGGGAGUAGCGAAAGAAAAAUAUAAAGAGAAUGAAGGUGGAUGAGGUGAUAGUAGAUGGAAAUAUGAAUUGAUCGCGUAAAAAGGGAGGAAAAUAUUAGCCUCAUUUUGGAAAUAAUAGUUACCCGCCACCCCCUCGGGUAAUGUGUUACACUCAGAAUGAGGAUAAUAGUUUCACUUUCCAACUCUCCCAUGUCAUCUCUUCAAUUAUCACCUUUGUUCAUUUCAAUUUAUCUCCAUGGCUCCCUUAAUGCUUACCCUCCUCAAUUUAAACAAUGCCCAAAAACUGCAACAAUACACAAUGCACAAAAAUACACAAUCUUGGUGGCUGGUCGUGGGCAGUAUGACGCUUAAUUGUAUGCAUACGAUAAUGUAGAGAAGUUUAUCUAUAGAGGCACACACAAUAGGGCCAAGGAAUUAGGUUGUAGGCUGUUAUGUUUUCCUGAUUUUAUUUUGAUUUUAGAAACUAAUAAAUAGAUGUUUAUUGGCUUGAAUGUACAAAACUUCUGAAGCACUAAUAUGUUUUUCUUUAUCCGAGUUUUGAUCUUUCAUGUUUAGCAGUAGGCUAUUAGCUUGUUUAUGACAGAGAUGAUCAAUAAGAUGUCCAUUUGAUAUGAUCUAUACAAUAAAAUCCUUCCUGUUUUA